UUAGUGCGCGUCGAAAAAUUUCGUUUGGUUGAAUUAGGAAUUUGUAGUGAAAAAUUUCGAAAUGAAGGGGAGUGAUAAAAAACUGAGAAAUGCGUAUGAAAAAAAUUGAAUUGAUUACGCACGAAAAGUGCCAAAAACUAAUGGGUAACAAACUAAAGUAAUAAAAGGGUGGUAAAAAUAAUAAGAAGGCGAGAUAAGAGGAAAACUUGACAAUCAAGAACAAGUUGUGAAACUGGUUUUAAUAAAUUUGUUUGUUAAAAAGAAAAGGUGGCUUAAUACUACACAGCAUAAUUAUUAGAAAAAUUAAAAAAAUAAACGCGCAAAAAAAAACGUUGAUCUUAGAUAAGAGGCGUAGUACUUAAAAAGAAAACAAAAAACUAAAUCAACUACGCAAAUUUGCUUGAAAAUGGCCGAAUAUGCGAAAACAUCGCUUAAUCAACCGGCGUCAAAAAUGUUUAAAUCCCAAUAAAAUCCAAAUUCUUUAAAAAAAAUUUGGAAUAUAUAAAUUAAUUCGAGUUUUUAAAGAAAUAUGUAUAAUGCAGUGGCCAAUGGAAAAAACUGAGUUUGUCGCAUGCAAAAAAUAACUGAGCACAGCUAUUGACGGUGUAAAAGGGGCAAAACAUUUUGGGUCAUUCUAAGGGAGCUUUUAGAGUAAAAGGACUUGAGAAAUAUAUGUGUACAUAUGUAUGUAUAAAAACACAUCUUACAUAUGCGUUACGUACAACACGUACAAAGAAAUAGUAAAUGAAAGCAAAAUAAAAAUCCAAUGCAACAAAAAAAGUGUCCCAUGAAAUGUGAAUGAAAAAAAAUUCAUAAUUUUUCGUAAUUAAUAAAGUUCAACAAAAAAAUUUACAUACUCACAAAUGCUCGUUUUCGUCCGGCAGAGAAUCCUUUUACAUUGUAAAGUUUUGAUAACAUUACAAGAACAACAAUAACGGGAAACAUUUUAGUCAGUGUAAAACAAGUCGAAGGUAAAUUUACAUAAAUCGCAGCUAAGCAUUUGUUACGCGCAUAAAACGUUUAUUACCGCUUGUUUUACAUUUAUGCGACAGCUAAAACAAACUUCACCACAAACAACAAAGGAAAGCUUGGAAUGCGCGAGUGCAGCCAACAACGAACAAACGCCAAGUAAAUAAUGCAGAAAGCAAAACAAAACCGGUAAACAAAUAAUCAUAAAAAUGCCAAAAAGGAUGUGCAACAACAACACUGAAAACAAACGAAUAUAACAACAGCAAAAGCAAGAGCGGUGCGCUUAUGGCAAUAAAGACAACGGCACUGCAAACAAAUCCCUUAAAAUCUCCCGUCACCCCACCCUAACUUCGAGCCACAUCGUACACCCACAAUGCGUGUGAACAAAAAAUAAAAUAUGUGGAACAACAACAUGAAAAAAGCGACUACAGCGGAAAAGGAAACAAGCAAAGCAGAACAAACACAAAAAAUAUAAGAAAAGCAAACAAAAAAAAAACUCGCAACGAAAAAAAUGCCAAAGAGUGGAGCUUAAAACACUUCCCGCUGACAUUAACACAAACGCUUGACAAUUUGUUUUACCAAUUUCCAACCGCAGCAACAAUACAGCAGAUCCAUACUUGUAAGGCAACAACAACAACAAAAACAAUCAGCAAUACGAGUUGAAAACCAAAUCCUGCGUCGCACAAAAAAGUGCACAGUGCCACAGCAAAGCAGAGACGCCGACGUUACGUACGUGCGAACGCGCGGGCGGGCAAGUGAGUGGGUGGCCGUGGUGUGCUCUUCUAGGCAGCAGCAUCCCAUAGAAGCGUCUCUGCUCUUGCUACAGCCCAUCCUGUCGUUUGUAACCGCGUCUAUUCAUCUGUUCGAGCGCUUUUGUGUGUGCGUGUGUGUGUGUUCGCCCUGAAUGUCCUGUGGCCAGUUGAUAUUUUGUACUUGGCGUGCGCACAUUCGCACUCACUGUUAACGCAGCCAAUUGUCACUGCUGUUAAUAACAGUCGGAAAAAGUGCCCAAUAACUCUCACAUCGCCCCAGUUAACAGUGUGCGAAAUAAGGAACGUAUAAAAUCGGUCGUUUAUAUUAGCAGUGAAAACCACAAUAACCGCGUAGCUGCGUGUAGAAGUAAGAAAUGGCAGCCUACGCGCAGUUUGGUUACAAUUAUCCGUCGGCAAAUCAGCUACUCAACGGCGUUGCUCAGCCUUCCUCCGUUGCUGCAGCUGCCGCAGCCGUCGCCAUCUCCGGCGGCAUGACAGCGAAUAGUAUUGGCAUUAUUGGCGGCAAUUCGCCCUCGCCACUAUCUGGCGGUAACGAUGCGUCGCUCAGCCCAUCUGGCGGCUCGACGGCGACUACAACGGGUGGUGGCACAGCCGCGGGUCCGCUCAGUCCAGGUGCAAUUUCGCAAACGUCCAACAAUGCAAACAACAAUAACAUUCCCAACUCCGCCGGCUUAAGUAUACUGCAUAGCACCACCGCAAACGCAAUCGGCUUGAGUCUCAGCCUAAAUGCAGAUGUCAGCGGCAUAGGCGGCAGUGGAAGCGAGGGUGAUGUUGGCAUGGGUAUUGAUGCUGCCGGCGCCGCUGCUGCCACCACCGCUGUCAUGGACGGCACUACGCCCUGCUGUGAAAAUGGUCGUCCCAUCAUGACAGAUCCCGUUUCCGGACAGACAGUAUGCUCGUGCCAAUACGAUUCGGCGCGCUUGGCACUCUCUAGCUACUCACGCAUGCCCGGCGCUGGCGCGGCGGCUGGCGUUGGUGUUUAUGGCACGCCCUAUCCAUCAACCGAACAAAAUCCCUAUCCCAGCAUUGGCGUGGACAGUUCGGCGUUCUAUUCACCGUUGAGUAAUCCCUAUACGCUGAAAGAAGGCAAUGCGGGCUCUGAUAUGUCUGCUUGGACAUCGGCAAGUCUGCAGCCCACCACUGGUUACUAUUCUUACGAUCCGAUUGCUGCAUAUGGUUACGGUUCAAGUUAUGAUUUGGCUGCGCGCCGCAAGAAUGCCACACGUGAAUCCACAGCCACCCUCAAAGCGUGGCUCAGUGAGCAUAAAAAGAAUCCCUACCCCACCAAAGGUGAGAAAAUAAUGUUGGCCAUCAUUACGAAAAUGACGCUGACGCAGGUCUCAACAUGGUUUGCAAAUGCACGCCGACGGCUGAAGAAGGAGAAUAAAAUGACAUGGGAGCCAAAGAACAAAACCGACGAUGAUGAUGAAGCAAUCAUGUCCGACGAUGAGAAGGAGAAAGAUGCUGAUGAGGCUGAGAAAUUGAAUGGUGGAAGCGGAGUUGUUGAUGGUGUUAAUGGAGUUUAUGGUGGUGGUGCAGCUAUAGGCGGUGAAUUGCGAAAAGAUGAUCCUAUUAUAAAAUCUGAAAUGCUUCAGAAAGAGGAUAAGGUGGACGGCUGUUCCUUGGAGGAGCCGAAAUUCGGCGAUAUGCCUAGUCUCCGGAGUAUGGGUGGUGUUUACAACUCACCUUACGGGCCGCAUCCCAGCUACCAUCCUUACCAGCAGCAACAUACUUCGGCCUACUACCAGCAACACCAACAGCAACAGCAACACCACGUAGCCGGCAUGACAUAUGGUCCGCCCAGCCGCAUCAAUGUUGCCGACGAUUAUAGCGCAUCAAAAAACCUGUUGCGUGCGGCGGACUGUGGUAUACCGCUCCCAGCGAGCAAACCCAAGAUCUGGAGUUUGGCAGACACGGUCGGUUGCAAGACACCGCCACCACCACCACCGCCGCCACCCACACUACCGCCGCCAAUACAAAUGAAUACAUAUCAACAGCAGCAACAACAACAGCAUCAACAGCAGCAACACCAAUCACUGCUGCAGAGUCGGCAACAGUAUUAUCAACAAAUGCCGCCGCACUUGCAACAAGUAGCUCAACUCAAUCCUCACAACAAUCACAGCAACAGCAACAACAUGCAACCAGCGCACAACAGCAACAACAAUUCGACAUCGCUGAGUAUGAUGAGCGGUUGCGUCGGCGCAUUGCCCUAUUCGCGCAUACCUACGGCGUACGCGGCGGUUGGCAGCAGCAGCAGCAACAACAACAACAACACCAGCGGCAAUUUUCUCAAUCUCAGCUCCAACAGCAGUGGCAGCAUCAGCAAUCACAACGGCAGUAUUGGCAGUGGCAGCAGCAACAGUAGCGCCUCCAGCCCACCCUCCAUGGCGCAGGGACCACCACUUUUGACAGCGCAGCAAUAUCACCAGCUGCAACAGCAACACCAGCAGCAACAGCGACUGGGUUUCGCCGAAAUACAGCCCGAUACACCACCACAGACGCCACCGAAUAUGAAGUUGGCGCACAAUAGCAGCGGUGGGGGCGUUGGCAGUGUUGCACUGAAUCAGCUGGCGCGUAGCGGACUAAUGGGAACGUCUGUGAGCAGCGGGGCAAGCAUGUGUUAUAGCAGUGGAGGCGGCAAUGCGGUCGGUGACAGUCAAGCGGCAUAUGGGGGCAAUGGAACGAGCGUGGGCGUUAACUAUGCCUUGGCAGCGGCGCGUGCGGAAGGCUGAGUUGUGGUAAAGGAAGAAAUUCGAUCGAUUCGAGAACUAAAUAUUUAAUACCAAGUUUUCGCUUCAUCUAUUCAACGGGACAUGUGCAACGGCAAAGCAGGCAAUUAAUCGUAGCAAAAAAAAAAAAACAAAAAAAAAGCAAAACAAAACAUUGAAAAUUUAAAAAAAAUAUGCUCAAUGCUUAUUUCGAGGAAGUAAGCUACGCUAGUUUUCAAUUAAAUUUUUAUACCCAUACACACCUAAAUACUCCGCUAAACCGCAAGCGGCUGCCGUCGCAAUUUAAUCGCGCUAAUUAUUUGGCAAUAAAAACGUAAUUUGAGUUAGCGGCAGUAAAAGUUUUUAUUGCAUUUUGUAAGUGUGGGAAAAGGUCGCACGCGCGUAAUGAAAAAAAAAAAACUUUUAAAACAAACACUAAAGACUAAAGGCACGAACGCGUUGCAAAUGCUAAGAGGAUAGUCAUCGCGAAUUACUAUACCUGGUGCUAUUAUUGGUGUUGUUGUUGUGUAAUUAUUAAAGUGUUUAAUAAAAACGGCUAGCUAAAGCGUACGCAUACGCCAUCAGUCAUGCUACGGGUUUAAUGACUCUACACACAACAGCGGCAGAAAAAACUACGCCGACCAAAACGAUAACUCUUUCAGAGUAACAACUGCGAAGGCGUUGUAAAAAGAACUAUAUACCUUGAUAAAAUUGCUUGUAAAAAUUAUUAAUUAAAAUUAAAAGCAUGUUAUAGAAAUAGCAAUUAAAAAGAGCUAAUAAUAAAUAUUUGAACAUUUCGAGUGUGAAAUGCAGGAGCUCUCUUACUGUGCUGCGUAUCUACAUGCUGUCGAAAAAGUACAGGGAAUAGACCAACAAAAUACAACAUUUUUUUAACGGAUUUAUGAGUUUUGAAGCGAAUUUGCGUGAAAAUUGUGGACAUUGGUAUUAUGAGGGGCAAAUGAAAGAAGCAAGGAAAGGUUCAUCUAACAAAUGCGAUCAUCCAAGCUUGGCAGCUUUGACAAUCCAGAGCAAAAUUCGUAUAAAUUUGAAGUGCCAGUAUUAAUAAAUCGCACAUAGUGAGGAUACCUAAAAUUUACCGUCAUUCCUUCGCCACAUUUUGACGAAUGCAGAAUUUCAAAUGCAGCUCUGGAACAGAAAACAAAAGUUACCAAAGCAAUCAAAAGAGUUACCGAGGCAAAAGCGUGACGCGCCAGCCUAUGUGGCGCGAGUAACGGUUAACAGAUGGACAAAGAGAAUCAAGGAACGCAGAUCACGAGCAGCCAGAAGACAAGAAAAAAAUUCGAACAAUUAAAUUAAACAAAUUAGGUAAAAACAGCGGCCUCGGUAGUCUAUCGUAAGUCCACUAAUCUGCCAUCCCAGAGGUUACGGAUUCGAAUUCCACGUAGAGGACGAUCCUCGCUCUUUUCCAAAUUUACUUACUUUCCCUGUUUCUAAAAACAAAACAAAAAAUCCUUCAACCCCAAAACCUCGACCCCAAAAAUCUGAUCCUUUCCAUCCUUACUCCUGCACAAUAGUCUGCGCGUUAUUUGCAUUGUGGCUGCUAAAAUAAGAAAAAAAAAACACAGUUACACAUUGCAACAGUGGCGCCAACAAGAGGAAGCGGGCAAUCGCGCAGACACACCAAAUUUAGCGAAGUCCUCAACCACCUGUGUGAUCCUUCUGCCAGAAAAAUGUGAAACGCAGAUGGCGCUCCAAGCAGUAAGAAGGCGCUGUUUCUAAGCAACGGCAGGUGGGCAUUCCCACGACUUACGGCUGGUAGCGGCAGGCUAAUCACCUACCCUGUCAGCAAUCAAAACAGAUUAACGAAACCAACGCAAGACUGAGUCUUGUCGAGGCCGUGAAUCAGGAAAAAAAGAUAAAAACAGCACAAAAUAUAGACAACUGGAAUUCAAUAAAGACGGCCUGAGUUCAACCGGCGACGCAAAAGCUCGGAUUUGAUAAUGUUCGCUAGCUGCUCAUAAAAUAAAACAGAUAAAUUCAUGUAGAGAAUCAUUGAUUUUCGCGAUUUUGCCAGAUCAAAAAGGAAUGUGCCGGUAUGAUUAUUUAAGUUUCGAAAAGCGAAAAAGUCAGCUAAACCUUUUCACGUGGAAAUAGUAAUUGGUGAAUUGAAUUUCAAUUUAAUUAAAUAAUUCGUUUAGAGUGAGAUUUCGAACUCUACUUAUGACCCGCUAAGCUAAAAAGCUUGUCUGCAGGUUUUUAAAUAUUUGAAGCUUCCAUAAAAAUGUAUUCAUACAUCUCAUGAGUGAAGUGAAAAGAUGGUUCAAUUUUUUUAUCCUCAUUUCAAUUGUUUAAAUAACUUCAUUUUACGUAAUUUCGAUGAUAUUUGUUAGGGUUUUGGUCAGAAACUCGUUGAAUACUAUAGCGUCUGAGAAGAUGCAUUAUAGCGGUGAAAAAUUCAUAAUUUUUUUCUACAAAUCUGAGAAAUCUGCGCUCUCAAAUGCCGCAUACUUCUUGAAUAAUAUUCUUUAUUUCCCUGACAUUUUUUGUUCGAAUUCAGGUGGGUUUUCCAAACAACCAUUCCCAGGUACUUUUUUGACAGUAUAUUGACAAUGUUAACAUAUGUACGUGUAAAUAAAACAUUAAACAACUAAAUUAGUAGCAAAAUUACAGCCAUGAAUAUUCGCACCAACAAACAAAAACAAAUUAAAUUAAAACUAAUUAAUUAAAUAUUUAUUGCUCAUAACAUAAAAAUAACGGCAAUAAAAAUAUUGCAGAAAAAAUAUAUUGUAAUAAAAACUGUAGAGCCACAACCAACUUGUAGGAAAUACUACUAAAUACUAAUACGCUCACUUACUUCAGUAGUGUCAAAAUAUUAUAUAAGAAACAUUUUUUUUUAUAGAUAGGUGUACAGAAAUUACCAGAUGCACUUCUUUUCUGCUGUGUAAAAAAUUUGUGGCGAUAUCAAAUUAACAGUAGCCGUGUUCGAUUUGCCAUAUGUUGACGAGUGUCACUGCAAAAGAGCUGCCGAAAAUUACAUUUAUUAGGAAGCGCUUAAUGCGACUUAGUAAAACCGCGUUCACAUAGGGAAACAUUUGUUGCUCCAACUGUUUUCAGUGUUGUUGUUGAUUGUAUACUAAAUACUCAACAAUUGCAUGCAACGGAGCUGACACGUGUGAACGUGACGAGCAACACCAAAAGAGAAUUUGCAAAAUUAAAGCAACAUAAUUUGCUCUGUAUGAACGUGGUCUAAUGCAAUUUACUUCAUAUUAGAACAGAGAUUUGGCAGCAUUGAAAAUAGUGAGUUGUAUCAGUUUUAUGAGCUGUAACUAUACUCGCUAGCGGCGAAUCUGGCUCGAUAACUUUGUUGUUUCUUUCACAUGCAAUGUUUUCAUGAAGCGAGUAGAGAAGUGAUGAAUCGAAAGUGCCUCGACUAGUACUAACUGGAAAUCGCUAACCGUGAAAUUGCGCCAGAAACAUGGAUUUGGCUUGUAAUGAAGUGUUUCUAGCAACAUUGAAUGCCAAAUGAAAAGAAAGGUUAAAUUUAUGAGCAUAUCCCCAGAAGCAAUUGGCAAAUUUCGUUAAGAAAAGCUUUUUUUAAACAAAC